UUGUAUCAAAAGCGAUCAUGUUUAGAUUCACUCUGUUCUGGAAAUUACAACUAAAACAUUAAUUGAAUUUUUCAGGUUCAUGAAAAAAAUGGUAAGUAUAGUUGUCCUAAUUACUCGUUAUUGAUUUAUAUACAUUUAAAGAGGUAAUAUUAUUGUGUAGAAUUGUAAUUUAGCCUAAUAUAUUUUAGGAAUAAGAUAGUGCAAAGAAGUGAAAAAUGCAGCGUAUGUGAUUUUUAUUCUGCUAAAGAAGAAUAUAUAUUGAAAUAAAGAGUUUCCAAUCUAUUUUAUUUGAAUCACUUCUUUUCUUUAUCAUAUUUGAUUGAAUUAGCUUGAUGUACUUUUAUCAUUAUAUACUCUUACUUUUACAAGUGCUUUGGGCACUUAGGGAUAAUAAUCAACCUAAUCAUUUACUAGAAAUAGUCGAGGAUUGGAACAAUCCGAAUGCGAUUACUUAUACUACUUGGAGUUCUGAAGAUACUACAAUUGAACAAUCUUUGGAAAACCAUAUGAUUUACCAACCAAACUUUAUUCAUUGCCUGAUUUCUGAAAAUAAUACAAACUUUCCCCAUUUCAUGUAUAAAGAAAAAUAUUAUCUUACAUCUAUACCUAACUUUUGGUCUUGGAUGAGACUGGUAUACUCUGAGCCAGAUAAACUAAGAUUUAUUUUAUAUUUCUUACGAAAUGCUGAAGCAAUGGAGGGAGAUCUAAGAAAAUCACAUCAUGGUGAACAAGGUGAUACAACGAAAGUAAUCAGCUGGGGUAUUAAUCCUUAUAAGUCACUGAACUUUAGUCAAUCUCGUCAAUUGGCUAGAGCUGCUCAAUGGGUUCAAGAAGAAGUUCAAGUUGAGAUUACUAUAGCAAGUCACUUGGAAUCAUUAAGAAACACUUCAAAUAUCUUGUCACAGAACAAGAUUAUUACCUGAGUUCUGAAUUGAUGUAAGGUUGUUUGCUAAACAUUAUUUAAACUUAACCUUAGUUAGUAAAUAUAGGCAUUAUAUAUCCUAAAAUAAACUUGACGGAAAAUUCGCACCUAAAAAUAUUUACCGU